AAUGCGGUUGUGCGGUCGUUACGAAAGCUAUAAUUUGCGAGCAACGACAAAUCUGCACUGAUUACACUUACUACACCCAUUUCUCGUUCUCCCUUCUCAUUCUGGGCUUCUCAGCUUUUAGAACCAAAUGCUGUUUGUAUUUAAACAAUUAUGCAACAAACGAGAAAUAUCAGAAUUCAGAAGUGCUUUCUCAAUGUUGCUUCAUUCUCUUAAUUCUCAGUCCAUUUACUCUUUGCUUUAUCGAUCACGAAAGUCAUCUGUAAUUCAGUAAGGAAAAUUGUCCUCCUUGUAAAGAUUUUGUUAGCUAUCUGGUUCAGAAUCAUUUUCUACUGCAAGCAUACAUGGCUACUUUUUUUUCGUUCUUUAAAAUAGGGCCUCAUGGCCUGAACCUUGGAGGCACUGAGUUGUCUAAAUUCUCGGUUGUCACCGGUUAUCUUUGUAAAAACAAAAUGGGACAGAGCCUUCAGAGAAUAGAUGAAGGAAGAAAGUUUUUACCCGAAGAAAUUGGACAAAAUGCCACACUUCCUCCUCGGAGCCUUGGUUUGAGAUGCUUUGCUGCGUCACGAGUUUCUGUUGAGCAAACUGAACAGUCAUUCACUAAAACUAGCCAAGUUGAUGAACUGAAAAAUCUGUCGACUUUUCUUUUUAGUACUGAAAUUGGCGGUCAGGUCAAAGUUUUUGUUGGAAAGAAAAGUGUCAAGUAUGUAGUAGAUAUUGAAGUUUCAUCGCUGCAGUUGUCUAGUGAUGACAGUCGGCUUGUGCUAAGUGGGGGCUUAUACAGAUCUGAUCGUGAUAUAAAAAACAUGAUCAUUGAAACCCCAUUUAAAGUGAGGUCAUCCAGUGAGUUAGCACUUGAGUUGGAAUUUGAAGCUAAAGAAGUCCCAUGCUACUUCUCGUUCCUGCUGAAAGCCUCAUCAAAUGCAAAUUCGAGUGGCUCGGAAAUCAGGAGCCAGACGAAGUCUAGUUUUUGUGUACCAAUUGGUUUUGAUCAAGGGUGUCCAGCUCCAUUGGGUCUUUCCUUUUCAACUGGUGGUUCAAUGAACUUUGCAGUCUAUUCAAGAAACGCUGAAAGUUUGGUCCUGUGCUUGUAUGAUGAUAAUGCAUCAGAAAAGCAUGCUUUAGAACUUGAUCUUGAUCCUAUUGUUAAUAAAACUGGUGACAUUUGGCAUGCUUCGAUAGAAGGUGCAUGGACCUUUGUGAGCUAUGGUUACCGGUGCAAGGGAAAUAGAGACACAUUCCAUGCAGAGCGUGUUCUUUUGGAUCCUUAUGCUAAGAUAAUCGGGAGUUCCAUUCCUAAUCAUCAUGAGUCCGGUUUGCUCCUGAAACAUCUUGGGCGACUAAUGAAGGAGCCUGCUUUUGACUGGACUGGUGAUGUUUUUCCAAACAUAGCUUUGGAAAAAUUAGUGGUAUAUCGUUUGAAUGUUAUGCGAUAUACUGAAGACAAGUCUAGUAAGCUACCUGCUGAUGUUGGAGGGACUUUCUCAGGUGUAACUGAGAAGGUACAGCACUUCAAAGAUCUUGGCAUCAAUGCUGUCUUAUUAGAGCCAAUUUGUACAUUUGAUGAGCAAAAGGGACCAUAUUUCCCAUGUCAUUUCUUUUCUCCAACAAACCUGUAUGCACCUUCUAAUGGUUCUGUAUCUGCUAUCAAUUCAAUGAAGGGGAUGAUUAAGAACUUGCAUGCCAAUGGUAUCGAGGUCUUCCUGGAAGUGGUUUUUACCCAUACUGCCGAGGGUGGAGCCCUGCAAGGACUUGACAAUUCAUCCUAUUAUCACAAGACUGGUAUUGAAGAUUCAGAAGCUAGAAAUGCUUUGAAUUGUAACCACCCCGUUGUUCAACAGUUGAUUUUAGAUAGUCUCCGGCAUUGGCUGACUGAAUUCCACAUCGAUGGUUUCUGUUUCAUUAAUGCUUCAUGUCUGUUGAGAGGAUUUCACGGUGAACACUUGUCUCGCCCUCCCUUGGUUGAAGCAAUAGCUUUUGAUCCGGUGCUGUCCAUGGCUAAAAUCAUUGCAGAUUUCUGGGAUCCAUAUGACAUGAUGCCGAAGGAAAUGCGUUUUCCUCAUUGGAAGAAAUGGGCAGAAAUGAAUACAAAGUUUUGUACCGACAUACGAAACUUUUUUAGGGGUAAGGGUGCUCUGAGUAGUCUUGCUACACGGCUUUGUGGGAGUGGGGACAUAUUCUCUGAUGGCCGAGGCCCAGCAUUUUCGUUCAAUUUUAUCGCCAAGAAUUUCGGACUUCCUCUUGUGGACUUGGUCAGCUUUAGUAAUGCCGAGUUAGCAUCAGAAAUAAGUUGGAACUGUGGGGAAGAGGGACCUACAAGUAAAACUGCCGUGCUUGAAAGAAGACUCAAACAAAUUCGUAAUUUUAUCUUCAUUUUGUACAUUUCGCAGGGCGUUCCUGUUCUUAACAUGGGAGAUGAAUGUGGCCAAUCUUCCGGUGGCUCCCCAUCGUAUGGUAGCAGAAAACAUUUAGAUUGGAAUGCUAUGACAACAGGUUUUGGUAUUCAGACAACAAAGUUCAUCUCGUUUUUGAGCUCACUAAGAAUAAGGCGAAGUGACCUUCUUCAAAAACGGAACUUUCUCAAAGAAGAAAACAUUGAAUGGCACGGAAGCAAUCAAUCACCACCAGGAUGGGAAGACCCCACAUGCAAAUUCCUGGCAAUGACAUUGAAGGCUGACAAAGUAGAGGGCCAGCUGAAUCCCGAGGUUUCUGAACUAAAGGGUGACCUGUUUAUUGCCAUUAAUGGAGCUGAUAAAACAGAGACCAUAAUCCUACCCCCGCCUCCCGAAGGGAUGGCAUGGCGUCGAAUAGUUGAUACGGCAUUACCAUACCCAGGCUUUUUCUCAGUUGAUGGUAAACCUGUUCGUGAGCAAAUGGUGGGGUUAGUUGCUUAUGAAAUGAAGUCCCGCAGCUGCACUUUGUUUGAAGUUUGUAAUGACAACAGUUAAUGUAAUCCAAUUUCCCCUCCAUUUUCUGCACUGAAAAACUUUAUAGACCAGUAAAUGCACAACCUUCUUUUUCUGUAUCAUUACAUUUGUAGAAUAAUUUUGUAAUGGCAACAGAUUGAAGUAUGCAAAAACAUGGAUGGCUUUCAAGGUAA